AUGAAGCUCCUGCUGCUGACCUUGGCAACCCUGCUGCUCCUGUCCCAGCUCAUUCCAGGUGAUGCUCAGAGAUGCUGGAACCUCCGUGGCAAGUGUCGCCAUCGGUGCUCCAGGAAGGAGAGUGUCUACGUCUACUGCACAAAUGGGAGGAUGUGCUGUGUGAAGCCCAAGUACCAGCCGAAGCCAAAGCCGUGGAUGUUUUAA